CCCAUUACAUGCUGUGUUGUAUGAAUAUACUUUGAAACAGUAUCAAUUCACAAGCAUUUUUAUCCAGGUUUUGCUAUUAUAUAAUUUUUGAAAGGACAGUUCAUUCAAGCCAUAAUGGAAUAAUAAAGUUUUUGUGAAAUCCUCAGUCUUUAGACGCAGGAGUUUCUAACAGCUUGAUCGAAAUCUAUUUAUGGCAAUAUAGUUUGAAUACUGUGCAAGUGGCCACUUUAUAAUUAAGGAAAUUGUUUGGACACCGCAAUUUGUUAAAUUCCAAGCGAUCGUGGGGAUGGUUAUUUAUAACGAAGGAACAAACCAGAGCUUCACGACUCUUUUCUUUCAUUUUCCCAAAUUUGGCAUUUAAUCAGAGAAGUUAUGUUACGAGUGUUUUGGUAAACCCAAGAUCAUUAUCAGUUCCUUUCCUGAAGAGAGUCUUUUUGUGGGAUUACUCGAAGCGUGGUUUCUCUGUGUGGUCGACAACUUUGGCUAAAGUAUAUAACUGGGAAAUUGGAAUGAUUCGACGGGUUUUGGUGCCGAAGAAUCACCGGAAGGAUCAAGGAAUUUGGCGUCUUUGAAUUUCUACAUCAAAAGGUCUGACCUGGUAUGGUAAUGUUUACAUUCGUCGUGUGCAUUAUCUUGGCACCGCUUAUUUGGCGCAUCCUCUCUUCCUAUUGGUCGUAUUUCACGACACGUGAUCUCCCUCCUGGACCGUUUCCACUUCCCGUAUUAGGAAACCUUCAUCUGAUUGGUUCAAAUGCCCACGUGACAUUGGCGAAGCUUUCACUGUCUCAUGGAGAUCUGAUGACGAUUUACUUCGGAAGCGAAAGAGUGGUUGUCGUGAGUAGUUCGGAAUUAGCUCGCGAGGUGCUCGUAAGGCAGUCGUAUGUAUUCGGUGGACGACCUUUGAACUUACCAUAUGUGGCAAUCUUGUUUAGCCACGGUGGAAAAAAUAUUGCAUUUCGGGAGAACAUGUGUCCUCGCUGGAAAAAACAACGCAAAAUAUUUCACGCAGCCGUCAAAAUGUUCGGAAGUGGCCUACUGCCACUGCAUGUUCAGGUUUGCGACGUUGUCAAAGACCUGGUAACGGAUCUCGAAGUACAUGUGGGUACACCUAGGGACAUCGCUCACGAUUUGUUCCUCUGCGUCGCGAAUAUCAUUUGUGCUAUGACCUUCGGUUCCAAAUACGAACGUGGUGAUCCCGAAUUUAGCAUUCUAAUGAAAAAUUUUGAUGUCGUGCAGCGCUUCGUUGCCCCUGGAAACCUGAUUGACGUCAUCCCGUUGCUAAGGCAACUGCCGCUGAAAAGAGUGACUGAACUCAGAUCCGCCGUUGGCCUUUUAGAUACGAUCGUUUCACGAAAAUACCACGAGCAUUCGUCGAACGUGGACGAAAUCCGAGACUUUACCGAUGCUUUGAAAAAACAGUACGAGCACGACAUGGAAGGGGAAGAGAAUGACGUAAUUCGGGGUAAAAAUGAUGACAUCAUCUUAACAAGUGAGGAAAUAAUGCUUAUAAUAACGGAUAUGUUUUUCGCGGGUAUCGAGACCUCGACAUCGUCCGUGUUAUGGGGUGUUUAUUACCUGGCUUUUUAUCCAGACUUACAGGACGAAGUAUACGACGAGAUGACGCGAGUUCUGGAUCCCGACACUCCUCCAAACUUUUCCGACCGUCACCGACUGCCGUUCCUUUCGGCGACCAUCACCGAGGUGUUCCGAUGCGGAUCCAUCGUACCGUUGCUCCUUCCACACCGCACCAUUACUGAUGCUUCGAUCAAAGGCUUUCGCAUUCCGAAGGAUACGACAGUUCUUGUGAACGCAUUUGCGAUCCACAAUGAUACUCGUAUAUGGGCCGACCCGCAUGCCUUCAGACCCGCCCGAUUCUUGGAUGAAAACGGAAAUUUCACAUCUCCACCCCCGUUUGCGUUUUACCCCUUCUCUGCGGGCAAGCGAGUGUGUGUUGGUGAAAUCUUGGGUAAAAUGAUUGUAUUCGUCACGCUUGCAAGACUUUUUUAUAAUUAUCGCUUAACCAUUGUUGACUCUGGGGAUCUGGGAGCGAACGAAGCGAAUGCAGCUUCCAUACGUAAACCAAAACCUUUUCAAGUUGUUCUUGAGAAACGCCAUUGAGACGAGGAAAUGCAUGAUAGAAUCGUACUAUUUUAUGUUGUUUUAUAUUUUAAUGAAUCUAAGAUUAGAUCUAUCACUGAUAAUCCGGAGUUUGUAUAGAGUACUGAAUAGUGCUGUAAGAGUCAUUUGUAUGAAGUGUUUAAAUAAUAUAAUUUACUUCAUCGAUAAACCUUGCCUUUUACUCUGCCUCAAGAGACGCAGCGAUAGCGUGGAUGCCAGAGUGCCCCCCCCCUCCAUGAGCCCGUCCUUCCCCCCUGGUCCCACGU